UGGAUUUUUUUUCAUUUUUUCUUAGUGUACCCCAAAGCAUUUGCCCGGCAAUUUAACAGCCUUCAGCGACAUCUUGGUGCUUCAGAUGAUUCAUUUCCACUCAAGGCCUACAAUAUCCCGCCAGAAGUGAUAUACUCUUUGCCUGAUCGGUUACGUAAAAAGAUCCUGGACAUUUGGGAGGAGCGCGAUCCAAACGGCGAUUGUUACCAGCAACAAAGGCGGACACGUUUGAUAUUGCUGAAUCUUCCUCCUUCGUUGUGGAAAACUUUACGUCCAAAGGCUCUGCAAUGCUCGCUCCCCCAUUUCAUAGACCGGCUCGAGUGGGAUCUGCAGGGUCCUACCUGGACCCCAUUUUACAAAUUGACCAAGCAACUUCGUCUACUCCAACAGCACGACAUCUCCGUCAAAUCGUUCGAUAUGCCACCGCCAACCGUUUUCCGAAGUGUAAGAGAGGCCCUGCAAAAAAGACGACGUUCUCCAGAUGAUGAAUAG